AAAGCGGAAGCGCGUCCGAGCGGUCGGCCGCGGGGCGGAACACACGGGCCGCUGCGUGAUAAUCGCGCAGGCGCAGACAGGGCGGUCCUUUCCGAAGAGCUGGCAAGAUGGCGGAAGUGGAACAGAAGAAGAAGCGGACCUUCCGAAAGUUCACCUAUCGCGGCGUGGACCUGGACCAGCUGCUGGACAUGUCCUACGAGCAGCUGAUGCAGCUGUACAGCGCGCGGCAGCGGCGGAGGCUGAACCGCGGCCUGCGCCGGAAGCAGCACUCGCUGCUGAAGCGCCUGCGCAAGGCCAAGAAGGAGGCGCCCCCGAUGGAGAAGCCCGAGGUGGUGAAGACGCACCUGCGCGACAUGAUCAUCCUGCCCGAGAUGGUGGGCAGCAUGGUGGGGGUCUACAACGGCAAGACCUUCAACCAGGUGGAAAUCAAGCCCGAGAUGAUCGGCCACUACCUGGGCGAGUUCUCCAUCACCUACAAGCCCGUGAAGCACGGCCGGCCCGGCAUCGGCGCCACCCACUCCUCGCGCUUCAUCCCCCUCAAGUAGCUUUUCCGGCCAAUAAAGGCGCAGACGUCUCCAGG